CUAGUCAGCAGCAAGAUACAUGAUGAAGAUGAUUGGGAUCAGAAAAUCUUGCCAGAGAGUAGAUCUCUUCUGCGGAGAGUUGAAGUGCAAGCUUGUGAACAGCAUGAUGUUUGUUUGAAUGACACCCUAGUAGCUGUUUGCUUGCUUUGAUAAGAAAAGUGGGUAGAGGGCCACUAUCUGGGGGACUCUGUACCGCACUGAUAAGAAAUGGAUUUGCAGCUAAAAAUAACAUUUUUCCCACCAGGUGGAGCUCCCCACCAAAAAUAGACUGGAUUUUCAGUUGCAGCUAACGAGGUUCUUGUCAACCCUUUUUUUACAGAAUGCAUUGAUAAUCGUCAUGUUUUCUGUUUUGUUUUGCUUUGCUUUGUUUCUUUGUUUCUUUGUUUGUUUGUUUGUUUCGCUUCGUUUUGUUUCGUUUCGUUUCCUUUUUUGAACUUGUUUGUUUUGGCGGACCAUGUAUUUUUGUGGCGAGAAAUGUGGGCCUGUUUGCUAUUAUCAUCUUCCAUCUUCUGUGCAACUCAGUCAGGGAGCACACGCCAGCAAAGCGAAUCUGGUCGCCUGUCAGUGGGAGAACAUGGGGGUUCAGGCAUCGUCCGGUCCUCCAAGGGUGAGGCCCCGCAGUCCGACGACUCUUCCGACGAUGAAGACAGCCCUUCUGGAAAAGGAGCAGGAGGGGAUGGCAGAAGAGCAGCAUACAAUGCAGCUGACUAUGACCAUUUGGAGGUCGGUAACUUGAACACAAAACUUGUCAACACCAUCGCCGCACUGUCUGGUCCUCCACGGCUUAUUAUGGCUUAAUAUGGCUUUUGUGAAAGCGAAUAAACUGCCAGGAUUAUG